AUGAUGAUUGACAAGGGCAACGAAAGUAGCCAAUCCGGAGCCAUCGCAAAGAGUGAUGGGGUACGAGCCUCGGAGCGUCUCCCAAACAUCUUCGCCACUGCUCAACGCUCCAGCAUCCAGCAGAUAGGCAGUGUUACGUGGAAGGCCAUCGUCUAG